AUGGCAACAUUGAUUAGAUAUGAAGUUCGUGGUCGAAUUACAAUUAAAGGUGAACAACCAAAAUUUAAUGGUGAUGAAAUUCUUUAUGUUUCAGUUCGAGAUUCUCUUCGACAUGAUGUUCCAUGUAUUGAAUUAGGUUCACAAACUAUACGUUUAUAUAGAGGACAAUCAUUACCUAUUCAUUAUCAAUUUUUAUAUGAUCCAUAUAAAGCACAUAUGAAAUUUUCAGAAUUAAAAAGUAUUCCUGGUGGAAUAACAUUAUCAGCAGGAAUCGAACGAAAUGAAAAUUUAUUAUAUAUUAAUGAUACAGAUAUUUCAUUAGCUGAUAAUAUCGAUAUUCAAUUAGUCAAAGUCGAAUGA